UCUUCCAUCUGUGUCAGUGUGUGCUGUUUUCAUGUGUUUUCAAAGUGUAUACUCAUGUUUUCUAGGCUGUGUCCUGUUGCACAAAUGCAUUCAUUGCUGCAAAACUCUGGACUGACCAUUUUAUAUCAAAGUUUUUAUUCAGUUUGUUUUAGGAGAUGCAGGUUUGGUCUCCAUCUUCCAUUCAGCCAUUUUACCUCUUUAACCCUCACUUUAGCUAGCUAUCUACACACUCACCACACAUGCAUAGGGGUACUUUCUACCAACUCAGUUACCUCAUCCUGCCCCCUGUAACUAUAAAUACAAUCCUAAUCAUGCUGAAAAUGCUCCCUGGGUUCAGUAUAUUUACUUUAUUUGUAGUCUUCAGAUAAUAUCCUUUAAAUCAUGUGCUUUAUAGUUCCCUGAACUUCAAGGAACAUUAUAUGGAAUCACAUAUGUUCUGUGAUUUGUCAUAAUGCUGCUUGGUAGGCUCCUCUAACAAUGACUCCCCUGUCUCAUUGAAUGCAUUUAAACAGCAGGGUAAUUUUUAUCUUCAUCCUUGCUUUGCAACAGUUGCUACUCUUCCCUUAGUUCUAAAAAUUAGUAGAGCUCUUGCAAGUGUAAAUGAGAUAGUUUCUACUUCCCUACAAAGCACGGCCACUUGAAUUUGGACAUCUACAUUUGUCAAUGCAGUGGGUUCAGACAAGUAUGACAAAAUGGCUGUGCUGUCAAACAGAGGUUGCCCUGACUCUUCAUCCAUCCCACUGCAGGCCAACAGAUGAACUCAGUAGAAGACCGUGGAACCUGUUGUUUUCCCUGCUUCUCCUGGUUUCCUGUUACAUCACAUUGUUGUGUCCAGUGUACUUACAACAACCUAAGGAGUUCUGGGCAUCCUACAAUGUGCCUGAAAAACAUAUAAAGCUGCUGCACAAUUACUCUGUGACUGCCUUAUCGGGUUCCUGCAAGCCUCAGUACAUCAAAGAGAGAGUCACAGCACUGUACCCAGGCAAACUUCAGACCAAUGCCUCCAUUUUUAUUCAGAAAGAUGCAGUGUGCAUCCCAGGGAUGUGGCAAUACAAAGCUCCAUUUGGGAUGAAAGGUUUAAAAGAGCAUCUUCAAAUGACGCUCAAGUUACUGCCAGAAACUGAACUGCCAGCAUCCUUGCAAAGGUUGCCUUGCAAGAGAUGUAUAGUUAUGGGCAGUGGAGGACAACUACGUGGGAGCAGACUUGGGAAGUUCAUUGACAUGCAUGAUGUUGUUUUCAGACUUAACAGUGCCCCUGUGCAUGGAUAUGAAGAAGAUGUUGGCCAGAAAACAACAAUUCGACUUACCUAUCCAGAAGGAGCUCCAUGGUCCCAGCAGGAAUACGACCCUAAGUCAUUAUUCACUGUGGUGAUAUACAAAACUACUGACUUCACAUGGAUUAGAUCUCUGAUUGAAAGGAAACCCAUAAGUUGGUGGGAUAAGUUAUGGUUCUGGCAGGAAGUACCAGAGUUCUCAACUCUGAAGGCACACAAUUACCGAAUCCUGAAUCCAGAUAUCAUCAGAAAAACUUUGGUGGACUUCCUAGGGCAUCCAGAACCUCAAAAUAAGCUCUUCAAUGUUAAUCAGAUUGUGCCCACAGUCGGAGUAAGUGCUGUUGUUAUGGCAUUACACAUCUGUGAUGAAGUGAAUCUUGCCGGCUUUGGCUACGAUAUGUCUCACCCUGACAUGCCACUACACUACUAUGGGACUUGUAGGAUGGGAUUCAUGAAUUCUCAGACAGUCCACAAUAUUGACAGGGAAAAGCUCUUUUUGAUGAAACUUGUUACUAGCGGUGCUAUCAAAGAUCUUACUGGUGGCCUACACUGGUAAAGCAAUUCAAACAAGCAGAUGUUUGAAACCAUAUAUCUCUACAUUAACUGGCAGCUAGAUUUUCUCCAUUGUGGGAGUUAUAUAUUGUACAUAGAUACAAAUAAAGCCAUCAAAGAUGGUAUUUGAACAUAAUGAAUUACAAAAGCCAUGCAUUUCCAAUAUGGUUAAACCUUACUAAACUGCUCUGGGUUUCCUUGCUAAAUACAGGUUAAAAAAUAACAAACUUGUACAGAUCUCGUAAAACAGUUUCUGCUCCAUAUGUUGCUGUUGGACGUAAGUAAGAAGAAGAACAGAUGGUGGUAACUUGUAUUUCAUCACAAUGUACGGAAAGAAGAGACCAGGUGCCUGGCAUUUCACCAUACUUAACUGAUUAACCACUUCCAUGGUACAUGCCACUAUAUGACAGUACAGAACAGAAAACAUUCACCAAGGAAACAGUAUUUCCACAGUAUUACAGACACUCCAGACCACCAACAAUCCAUACUGCAACACCUAGAAAAGCAACAGAAGGUGAAUUUCAUGCAGAACUUUUGAUUACAGGAGGAAACAGUGCAUCAAACUCUACCCCCCCCACCAAAAAAUAAAAAAAAAAAGUCUUUAAUAUUCAUUGCCAACAUUUCUUUUCUAAUUAACAUAUUUAAUUUGUUUUGGAAAAUAAUGUUCAUUCAGUAGCAUGCCUGAUGGUGCUUGUUUAUAAAUGAAGCCAGUGAGGACACCACAGAGAAAGGCAUAAAACAGACGUACC